AGCACUGAAAGAAAAGGGCUGGAGGAGCUUAUCAGUGGAGGUUUAUAGAUCAAUAAUCAUCUUGGAUAUAAGAGUCAUUGUGAAUCCAACACUGCUUUGAGAGCUUCACAAGGAAUCAACAAGGAACAAAACCUUCUCAGGACCCAACUCCACGGUUUACUCAACGCUAAUGAAAACAGAAGAAAAGUGAGCCAAAGCUGAAACAAGCCAAGCCAGUCGAAGCACUUUGAUUUGGCAGGACGAUGUCUUUGCCAGCCAGAGUUGUUCACAAGAGGAGGACCACCAUCACAGACCUGCCUCUCUACUACUCUGGACACCUGCUGAAGAAACUUACCAAAGAGAAGGAUUUCAAAAAGUACUACGGAGAGCUCCGUGGCACCACACUCUUUCUGUACAAAGAUGACACACAAGAUACGUACUCAGAGAAGGUGGACCUGGAGCAGCUGAAGUCCAUGGAGCUAAAGUGUCCGUAUCAAAAGAAGGCACCAACUAUCUUCACUCUCACCCUGCACACAGAGGCGGUGCAGCUGAAGAUGGACAACUCUGACACAGGAGAAGAGUGGAGGGGUUACAUCCUAACCGUGGUCAAAAAAGAGAUUCCCAGUAAUCUACAGCUGCUGCCUGGCCAGAUGUUGUUGCUGCAGGAGGCUCUGGAUCAGGAGAGGAGAAGAAACACAUUCCCCAGGGAACGUCCACCCCUCCCACCCCGACCCCACUUCCUCCUGUCAGCCCCCCUUAUAACGGCCAAAGACGAGCUUGACCAAUGUGCCCCCGAGCUUCCUGCGUGUUUCUUAAGCGUGAGUCGGAAGGAGGCUGAGCAACUGUUGGAGGCAAACCCCGAGUGCGGCAGCAUUAUCCUUCGCCCUUCCACUCUGGCCAACAAUUACGCCCUAACCCUCAGACAACUGAUGCCCAGUGGGCCAGUCAUGAAGAACUACAGAGUGACCUCCACCAACUCUGGGUUUGUCAUUGAACUGGACACAGCAGUGACGGUCUCCUCCUUGAAUGACGUACUUAAAUAUUUCCUUGAAAAGACAGAGAACCGUCUUCAUCCCUACGUGGCAUCCGAGCCCUACGACACUUGCAUCGACAUGACACCGACUCCAAAGUAUGUCAGCAUGACCUCCCCUACAUCUAAAACAGUACCCAGGGCACAAGUGGCACCCAUGCUGCGUUCACAGACCAAAGAAGAGCUUCUGCCGCCCAAACAAGAGGAGAGUGAAUAUGUGGUUCCUGAGGAUCAGUGUCCUGAUGUUCACAACCUAAAGCUAGUUAAGUUGGAUGGAAAGCUUCAUGAAGUUUUAAAGUUACGGAAGGGAAACUUGUACACUGAAACUGGCACGGUUGAAGUCACCACAAAGAUGAAUGAAACCACAGAAAAAUCACACUCAGGCACAGCACAGUGGACCACAGAGAGUGACAUUUAA